AUAUAACCCUCUGCCCCACAAAGAGAGAAAAUUGCACUGCAGGGGUGGACUUGUAAGGCAGUGGUGGUUCACCAAUGGCUUCUGCUGCACAGUACUGCUCAGAAAUAACUUCGGUGACCCAACUUUUUCUUUUUGUUUUUCAUAAAUAGUGACCCAUCAUUCGAAACUCUUCAUUUGAGCCUCUGAUGAAGGUUCAAACCCACAAAGGCCAAAGCCCAUCUGUCUCUCAUUGUGUUGAAAAUUUCGCAGCUUUUCGUUCUUCUUCCUGUAAUGUCAUUGACUUGAAGAGUGUUUUUUGGUUGGGUUUGAGCUGUUUUAGUUGAAGUUUCUUUUGUUGGUUUGUGGGUUUGCUUUAAAGAUGCUUGGUGUUUAAGGUUUGUUAAAACGGGUUGGUUAGAGUAGACAAAUAAAAAGUUCAGUCUCUAUCUUAUUUUGUCUUCAAAAUGAAGCCUUUUUGUCUGUCUAGGGUUUGUGUGAAUCUUUAUGGAGCAAAAUGGAGUUCAUCAUCUUCUAGUGCUGUCUGACUUUGUGGGUGUCUUCAAAUUCAACUACAUUGUAAAACCCUAUUAACUGCUCAAGAAUCAAAGUUGAGGUUUAGUUUUUGUUGAGUAGUAUAAUGAACAUCAUAGUGUUAUAGAGCAGAGGUCUUUUCUCAUCAAUUGAAUAGAAGCUUUAAUCAAAGUUGUUAUAGAGUAAUUGAAUAGAAGGUUUGAUCAAACGUGGUCUAGAUUGAUUUUUGGUAGAAGUGAUUCAAAGUAAAUGUAUGGAUCGGAGGGAAGCUAUGGCGUUUUCGGGUUCUGCUUCCUAUUAUAUGCAAAGAGGGAUGCCUGGUUUACAGGACUCAUCGGGCAUCCAGCCAUUAUCUAAUCCUAAUGUAGCAUUUCAAUCAAAUGUUGGGGGCAGUUCAGUAACAGUUGGGUCAACAUUACCAGCAGAGUCGUCUUCGACAAUUCCACCUCAUGGAUUUAAUUUGGGUGCACCAUCUGAUGUUUCACGGGGUGAGUCUGUUCGAAGAAAAAGGGGAAGGCCUCGAAAAUAUGGGCAUGAUGGAACAGUGUCACUGGGAUUGUCUCCUUCUUCGGUUACACCUCCGGCCAAGUUAACGCCAGUUCAGAAGCGGGGUAGAGGGCGGCCACCUGGGACUGGACGAAAGCAACAGUUCGGUUCUCUUGGUCAAUCACUAUCUGGUUCAGCUGGAAUGGGAUUUACUCCACAUGUCAUAACCAUUGCUGUAGGAGAAGACAUUGCAACAAAGAUAAUGUCAUUCUUGCAGCAAGGGCCUAGAGCUAUAUGCGUCUUGUCGGCCAACGGUGCCAUCUCCACUGUGACUCUUCGUCGGCCAUCAACUUCUGGAGGCACUGUCACAUAUGAGGGGCGCUUUGAGAUAUUGCGUCUGUCAGGCUCUUACUUGCCUACUGAUAAUGGUGGCCCUCGCAACCGAACUGGUGGUCUAAGUGUUUCUCUGGCUAGUCCUGAUGGUCGGGUCUUUGGUGGUGGAAUAGGGGGAGUGCUAAUUGCAGCCAGCCUUGUUCAGGUGAUAGUGGGGAGCUUCUUGUGUGGUAGUCCAAGAACAAAGAACAAGGCCGGUGAAAUUCUAGAAAGUGGUGGAGAUUCAGACCACCAAACAGUUGAUAAUCCAGUCACUCCAGCUAGUGUUCAGCCAACUCAAAAUCUUACUCCGACUUCUUCCAUGGGUGUUUGGCCAGGUUCACGGCCAUUUGAUGUGGAAAAUGUUCAUGCUGACAUUGAUUUGAUGCGUGCGUGAUAAUUUCUAGCAGUAGAGAGAUGUGCAAUGCAUAUAUUUGGCAUUUCAGAGCCAUUUGAAUCUAAUCUCGUAAGUCCCACCUAGAACGGGGAAAUACGCCGUGGUGUUUGACCUGAUUGAUCUUAUUACACACACUUACUGUAGCAUUUGGGUUGUACUCAUGUCUUUGCUGCCAAUGGAUAUCUAGUUUGGGAUUAGUCAUAUGUGUCCUUUUAAUUUACAUUGUAUGAGUAUUGGUUUAUCUUCAAGUUGUACCAGUUAAGACAGAACAGGUGUUCUGGUUAAUUAGAUAAGCAGCUCAUCGAAAUCUCGAUGAUUUGUACAAUCUCACAAUUUUGGUAGAAUUUUUGUUUUGUGAUUUUUCUGCAUCAGAGUGUUUAUCAUGGGUGAUAGCAUUCAUGUAACGAAAACAAGGACCUGUUGAAACUCAUUUGUAUCUAAGCAUCGGACCAAGUUAUAUCCAACUCGUCCCAGUUAUCUUCUGGCAUGCCUAAGGCUUUC